UAUGUUUGUUUUAUUUGCUUUAAGGAAUUUUUAUGUCUUUUUCCCUUUAUUCGCUUUACGCAACAAUUUCUAAUUGUUUUGGUUUUCUCUGCAUCUCUCCCAUCCCAUUUUUUUGUUUAGGUCCACGGGUGCGAAAACCUAAGAAAGCCACUGGGCCAAAUGAUAAAGCCAACUCACCAACUGGAACAUCCUCAUCCACAUCAGCCGGCAGUGGUGGUUCAGCGUCCGCAGCGGCGGCGUCAGCGGCAUCAUCCUCAUCAUCGUCGGAAGAUAAACGACCCCGGACGGCGUUUAGUGGUUCGCAAUUAGCAAGACUGAAGCAUGAAUUUAAUGAAAAUCGUUAUUUGACAGAAAAACGAAGACAACAGCUAAGCUCUGAGUUGGGCUUGAAUGAGGCCCAAAUCAAAAUAUGGUUUCAAAACAAACGAGCCAAAUUGAAAAAGUCAAGUGGUGUUAAAAAUCCCCUGGCCCUGCAGCUAAUGGCCCAGGGUCUGUAUAAUCAUUCGACCAUACCAUUGACCCGCGAAGAAGAAGAGCUCCAAGAGCUACAGGAACGUGAGAAAUCGGCCAACAACAAUAACCUGACACAACCAACCGCCAGUGCGGUGUCCUCUUAAGAGUUGGAUAUUUUGUACAAAAAGAUUAGUUAUUGUAGUUUUAUUUUUGUAUGUACAUAGAAGCAAAAUAUUGUUAGGAAUUAGUCUUACUGAAUUUGUUAGUAGAAUUUCUGUAAAAAAGUGCGUUUCCUUGCCAAAAGGUAGAAGAAGAAUCAAUAACUGCUGCUCUUUAACUACAUAAUUAAAAAAAGCAAUAUUAGUAAUAAUGUUUAUAAACGUUAUUUGGGUUUGUAUUGAGAUUAAAAUGAUUUUUUGUUUUUUUUAAAAAAAAAACCUUAACCACAAAUUUUCUUAAGGGAUCUAUACAGUGAUAUAUUUAUGAAGAUUGGCAAAAAAAUGGAACAAAUCAACCGAAACUUGUAACUGAGGUCUAAAAUUCAAUGCUUGGGUAGGUAAUUUAUGGCAUGAACCCCUUUUGAAGUUAAAAGCUCGUAAGAGAAUAAUAUGCGAACUAAGCUAACUAAUCUCAGAAUUCUUCUCUUAUAUCCGAUAUGGGAAUUUCUAUAAGCUUAAGUUCGAAAAGUGUAACAUCAAUGACUGCAACACGGUGGUCUCCAAGUGCGGACUUGCAGUAACUCCCAAAGGUCUUAAUAGUUUUGUAAAUUUUUAUCAAACUGCUCAACUCAUUUUAAAAAGGAUUUCUCUGGAAAGUCAAAAAAAAAAAAUACUUACUCAUUGGCAAGGAAAAGCUGAUCAUUUCGUUCUUUUUAAACCAGUAAGGAAAGGUCGAAAGUCAGGCGGUGCUGACUGUAUGAUACCUUACACCACUAUACGGAACUAUGAACCUGCGUUGAAUGCAUAUCAUGGCUUUAGCGUAGUCACAAAUUCGGGAAUACAUCCAACUCUGAAUCGAUUUUCAGCAAAUUUGUUGCAGGCUUUUGUACCCUAGUACCAAAUAAUAUUGCUGUAUAGUGCAUGAUAUGACUUCGAUAUGAAUUAUACAAAAAAUAUUUUCAGGAGCUAAAGAUAUACCGGACCGAGCGUCCAAUCUAUUCAAUUUGGGCUUAUAUUACAUAUACAGGGUGAGAGAAAAAAUAAACUGCAACAAAGUCAAACGCCAUAAUUUUUACAUUUUUUUUGAGUGAAAGCAAGAAAUAUCGGAAAUAGCAUCAAAUUUUAGAAUAAAUUUAGAUUUGUUUGAAUUGUUCACGAAUUAUGGCCUUCAAACGGUCAAUGAAACCGUCACACGCUGCCCGAAUGUUGCUCUGCGAUAUUUUGGCCCAUUCCCGGCGAAGCGCUUGCUUGAGGUGAGCGACACAUUGGUAUUUUUUAGUGCCAACCAUGCUUUCCAAAAUAUUCCAGACACAAUAGUCCCACGGAUUGGUAUCCGGAGAUUUAGGUGGCCAUUGUGCGCUGGAAAUGAAGCGAGAAACCUCAUUUUGUAAGCACUCUUGAGUGGCGCGUGCUAAUUGCGAUGGUGCUGAGUUCUAUUGGAAUUUCCAAGGUCUGGGGCCAAAAUGUUUGCUUGCCCAAGGCUUUAAUACACCCUCCAUUUUUCGCUUUCUUUUCGCGAUAAUAUUCGGAAUUUAUUCUGAUGCCACGUUCGAGCGGAGAGCGACCAUCGGCUGUUAUGGCGGCCCACACCAUCACCAUGGCCGCGCUUAAGUUCCGGUGGCCAACCGAAGGUGUACAUUUUCAGCUGACCUCUUUGGGAAGUAAACACGAUCAUUUUGUUUGUUUACAACUCUUUAGCUCUUUUGAGUCUAUUUUCUUUAUCUUGCGGUGUAAGUUCUUGCACGUUUUGGAUUUUCAAUGGCUUUACCCCGAGCUCAUUUUUAAAUAUUUGCCGAAUAGAAUAUUGUGAUAUGUUCUGCUCACGAGCCAUUUUUCGGCAACUGUGACGCGGGUUUCAAUCAAGUCGCUUCUUUUCUUUUCGAACCAUUUCUGCUGAUGUUGCUGUUUUCUUCCGACCACUUCCUUGACAUCGGGCUACGCUACCAAUAUCACGAGACACGAGACACAAAAGAUUUAUUCACAUUUAAAUGCUGCUCUAACGAUAGCAACUUGUGGUUUUCCAGUCAAAUAUAAAGAAAUCACACUAUCACGCUUGAAUUCCAUCACGAAUAACGUUUUUUCUGGAAAAUUUUCACCAACAUGCUUUUGUACGCUUGUAAACAAUAUAAUCAGCUGUAACUGGAAUAAUGUUAACAGUUGUCGGAGGAGUGGCUUAGAAAUAACAGCAGUAGUAGUCACAAGUUGGGAACUAUAUCCAACUCUGGUGUGCAAUGUAAAAAUCAGAACCGAUCUCGAUAAAAUUUGGUAAAAGUAUUUUGGAGAUAUACCUGAUGUGCAGUAUCAAAUAUUCUUCUUGGACUUUGACACAAAAUCGGAUGAAACAUAUAUAUAUAGCUAUAUCGGAACCGAUUUUCAUUAGAUUUUAUGUACUUGCUGCUAUACUGAAUUCUGUCUUAAUUGCCAAAAUUCAGUCCAUUUGAGCUAAUAUUAGCCAUUUGGUGCACAAUAAACCUGGGUGAGAUACCACAUAUGGUCGACGAAGGUAUUCCAGACACAAAUAUUGGUAUAGGCAAAAUUACAAGAAAAUUGAACAUUUAUAUCCAAUUUUAUGCGAAAUCAUAAAUUCCAUAUUCAACUCAGGUUUCUGGGUGAGAGAAAUAUUUAGAUAGAGCAAGUUGUAAUAAAUCGGUUCUCAGACAUAUAUCAUCUUCACAACAGAUCUUGUUUUGAGCGUUUUGUUUUUCAAAAUCUUGAACCCUAUGUGGGGGGAGGUAUCAAAAGAAAUUGUCCGAUCACUACCAUAUUUAUAAUAGAUCUUGUGCUUAUAAAAAUAUUGAUUUGCCAAGUCCAAAUGGAAUCGGAUGUUAAUUUUGCGUUUUAGGAGCUUCAUGGAUAUUCAAAACUUUAACCCUUUGUGGGGGAGUUAUCAGAAGGAGUGGAGCGAUAUAUUCCAUCUUCAUAACAGAUCUUGUAUGAGUAGAAAUAAUGGAAUGUGUGCAAUAUGAAGAAAUUUGUAUGCUUAUUUCAAUUUUAUAAUCGUUGUGGUUAUUAGAAGGAGUGGAUCGAUAUAUCCCAUCUUCACAGAAGAUCUUGUGUGAGCAGAAAUAUAGAUUUGGAUGUUUACUUCGAUUUUAUAAUCGUUGGGGUUAUUAAACACUUUAACGCUAUUUGGGGGAAUGGUCCGAUCUCGACCAGCUUUAUAACAGGUCUUGUGUUAUUGGAAAUAUUGAGAUGUGCCAAGUCUGAAUGGAAUCCGAUGUUAACGUUCUGAAACGGAUUUGGUUCAAAGAGGCUUAGGGCCUGAAACCGUUGUUUCCAUGAUGCACAUUUUGACAAUAUCAAAUGAUAUAUAUCCUCUCUAAUCAUAUGGCUGAGAGUAUAAAAAGGAGGAACCCUUCGAAAACCUUGGCAGGAAUAUGAAACCUAGGAUCUUCUAUCCCAAAAGUUAUAAUAGAAUAUAUUCUAAUUUUAAAAGAUCAUUUGACGUAGGUAAAAGUACUUUAUAUUUAUGAGCUAUAUUUUAACCUGUCCUGGCUGCAAAUUAACUUUUCUGAUUAGUAGGAUAUAAUGAUUCCAUCUCAGAAAAAAAUCAAUAUAGAUUCUCCUCACUUGGCAAAAUUUUAUCUGUCUGGUUUUUGGGUUAAUUUUUUUUUUUUGACGAACUUUUUAAUAUCACAUGAUUUCAAAACACAUUUAAAAUGUUGCCGUCCUGUGUCGUCAUAAACCACGUGAUUCAUCUAAGAGCUUUCUUAGAGAGCAAAAUAAAACAAGUAAAGAAGUAUCGGUCGGUUUUGCCGACAGAUGUAUGCCCUCAGCCAAUGUUCAAUAUAUAUUUAGAUAUAGCAAGACAGAUGAAAGUAUUGAAAAUUGUGUCCCUUUGUGGGUGAGGUACCAGAAGGGGUUCGCAGAUGUAUAGCAUCUUCACAACAGAUCUUGUGUUAGCAAAAAUGUUUGGCUUUUUUGAGCAAAACAUUUUUGUUUUUCAAAAUCUUGAACCCUAUGUGGAGCAGGUAUUAAAAGAAAUGGCCCGAUCUCUACCAUCUUUAUAACAGAUCUUGUGUUGAUGGAAAUAUUUUAGAUGUAUCAUGUCUGAUUUCGCUUUUUAUGAGCUUCAUGGAUAUUCAAAAUUUUGAGAGUUUGUGAGGGAGUUACCAGAAGGAGCGGCCCGAUAUUGUCAAUCACCAGACCUAGCACUGACGCAAAUAUUGCAAAGUUGAAGCAAAAUUGGAUUAUCGGAUUGCGUAUUUUUUGAAAAUUUCGACCAUUUGUGGAGGAGGUACCAGAUGGAGUGGACCGAUAUAUUCUAUCUUAACUUAACUUAACAGACUUUGGCUUAAUACAAAUAUUGGGUUGUAUGAAAUUUGAAGACAAUCGGACUCUUAGAUCACAUUUUAUGAGAGUUGUAAUUAUUCACAAUUUUGACCAUUUGUGGGGGAGGUACUUAAUGGAGUGGACCGAUAUUAUCCAUUUGCACACCUGACUUAGCACUGACGCAAAAUAUUAGGAUGUACAAAGUUGUACAAAAAAUAUAUAUUUUUUGAUAAUUUCGACUUUUUGUGGGGGAGGUACCAGAAGGAGUUGACCGAUAUUGCCAAUCUCCGAACUCAAUCGAAGUUUGACAAAUAUACUACGAUGUACCAAGUUUGGACUAAAUCGGAUACACCCUGCGGAGGUUAUCGUGCGCACCAGCCAGACAGACAGACAGACGGACGGACAUCGCUAGAUCGACUCCAAAUUUUGUGAAACGGAUUUGGUCAAAAGAGGUCUGGAGGUCUCAAACCGUUAUUUCGACUAUACACGUUUUGACCGUAUCAAAUGAUAUAUCCCUCUGUAGCCAUAUGGCUAAGGGUAUAAUGGGAGCCAUCGAAUGUCAUAAUUAUAUGCUCACCAAUAUGUUUGGUCCAAUCGAGAAGCUUUACGCACAGCAUUGAAAUUUACAAAUGGACAUGCUCAAAACUGUUUGACCUUCUCCUUGAGGUAUUGCUUUUAAAACUUCGAGAAAGAGAGCAUUAUAUUUUUUGAAAUUAUCACUGAAAACACCUUCAAUUUGUAUUUUGACUAUAAAUUAUAUAAUUUUUAAUUCGUUUGUCUAGUCUUAGAUUUUAAGAUGUUUUACAUGUACAUAUUUUAGA